AUGGCGACGAGCUCGCUCCUCGGGGAGCAGUUUGUGGGCAUGCUCAGACUCCUCCACGUUCCACCGCCUGCCUCCUCCUCACACCUUGUAAUGGAGAGGAGGAAGGUGUUGGCACCAGCGGCCUCCAUCAUGUGUCUGAUGAGGAGGAAGAAAAGAAGUGCAUCAUCGCUGAGGCUGACUCUGUGCUUUGACCUCCGCAGGGAUCACGUGUUCGCAGUCAACCUGACGACGGCUUCGGGGGAGUUCGUCCCACAGCUGAAGCUGACGUGGAAGUCCAACGACGUCAGCAAGUGCACGGUCAGAGGGAAGAACAGCGACGAGUGCUACAACUACGUGAAGGUGUUGGUGCCUCGAAACGACGAGACGCUGUUUGCCUGCGGGACCAACGCCUUCAACCCGACCUGCCGAAACUACAAGAUGACCUCGCUGGAGCAGGUCGGGGAGGAGCUGGUGGGUCAGGCUCGCUGUCCCUUCGAGUCCGGUCAGUCCAACGUGGGACUGUUCGCUGGUGGAGACUUCUACUCGGCCACUAUGACGGACUUCCUGGCCAGCGACGCCGUCAUCUACAGGAGCCUGGGCGAGGGCCGCCCCGUCCUCAGGACCGUCAAAUACGACUCCAAGUGGUUGCGAGAGCCGCACUUCCUGCACGCCAUCGACUACGGGAACUACGUCUACUUCUUCCUGAGCGAGAUUGCAGUGGAGUACACCACACUGGGCAAGCUUCAGGCUCGGCUCAACUGCUCGGUGCCCGGAGACUCCUUCUUCUACUUCGACGUGCUCCAGUCGCUCACCAACGUGCUGCAGAUCAACCAGAGACCCGCCGUGGUCGGAGUCUUCACCACUCAGGCCAACAGUAUCCCCGGCUCGGCCAUCUGUGCCUUCUACAUGGACGACAUCGAGAAGGUGUUCAACGGGAAGUUCAAAGAGCAGAGGACCAGCGACUCCUCCUGGACUCCCGUACCCGACGAGCAAGUCCCCAGACCGAGGCCCGGUACGUGUGCAGGCGACGGCUCGGCUUCAGAAUACAAAUCGUCUGUUCAGUUCCCGGACGACACGCUGACCUUCAUCAAGUCGUAUCCUCUGAUGGACGAAGCGGUUCCCUCCGUCAACGACCGGCCCUGCUUCACCAGGACGUCCAGCAGGUCCAAGUUGACCCAGAUCGUGGUGGAUGUCUCUGCCGGGCCUUUCAAGGACCGGACGGUGAUGUUCCUGGGCUCAGACGAUGGGCGGGUCUUGAAGGUUUUGGCCAGCACCCAUCCAAACGACAGCUUUGGAUCCAAACUGCUGGAGGACAUCGACGUCUACAACCCGUCCAAGUGCAACGUUCAGGGUCAGGAGGACAGGAGGGUUCUGGGCCUGGAGCUCGAUAAGGACCAUCACGCCUUGUUUGUGGCUUUCAGCAGCUGCGUGAUCAGAGUGCCGCUCAGCCGCUGCGCCCAACACGGAGCCUGCAAAAACUGGCUUCGGACCGGGAGCUGCGCCAACGUUGCGCCGGGUUUCAAGGCGGGGUUUGAGCAGGAUAUCGAGGGCGACCACUCGUUUCAUCCGGACAGCUGCCGCGCUGACGUGUUGGCUACGACACGGAACCAGGAGUCCACCGCCGACUCCGCCUACGGCGUGCGGCGUCCUCCGGACAUGGACCAGCGAGCCGGUGCUAACGUGCAUUACACGCUGCUGAUCGCCUGCGUGCUGGUGGCCUUCUUCCUGGGCGCCAUCUUGUCGGGUUUCCUGGUGUCGUGCUACUGCGGCGGCAGCGCCGCCCACCGCGCUCGGAGGCUGGGGAAGGACCCGGAGGCGUCGCUGCCUCACGCCCUGUCGCUGCGAUCCCUCGCCAAGCUGAACGGGCUGCUGGACGGACAGCCCAAGGAGGACAAACUGGACGUGUCCACCCCGAAGAUGUACAGCUCCUUCAUCCCCAACGGCCGGGCCGAGCAUCACCUGCACAGCCCCGUGCACCAGGGCCUCCCGCUGGGCGACCCCGAGCUCAGCCUGUCCCAGGGGGAUGGCGAGCUCUCCGGCCUGCCCACGCCCGACUCCACCCCGGAGCUUCCCAUCAGGAACAUGAAGGCGCUGCGACACCAUCAGUACGAGAAGAACCAGAACUGCAACAACGCCAGAGACAAGCCCAGCUGCUCCGCCUCCAGUCUGGGAUUCAUGGCCGUCGUCGGGAACUCCUUAAACCAGCAGGUGUUUCCCUUCCCUCAUCACCAUGGCAACGGUUUAAGCAACGGGACGCCCCACGGCGCCUCUUCGACCUCUCUGCACCUCCCAGAGGAGAGAAAGAUCUCCAAUGAUGAGCGGGCGGCGGCGGCGGCGGCGGGAGGGGGAGGAGUCCCGCAUCACCACCACUCCCAGCAGUCCCUCCCCCAGACGGUGGUGGACGUGUCGGCGCUGGACGAGCUGCUCAAACACAUCCACGAGGUCAGCGCGUCGGGAACCGGCGGCAUCAAGGUCCUUACCUCCACCUCCUCUUCCUCGCUGUUCCCCGGGUCGUCCGGCGCCACCGCCGGGCACCAUCACAGCCACCAUCACCACCACGCACAGACGCGCACACACCACUACAACCAUCACCAUAGCAACCACCACAACAACAACAGCGAGCUUUUUGUCCCCAUCGCUCCUCGUUACCGCCCCUCAGCCGUGCUUGCUGCCCCGCCGCUGAGAGGACGCGGCGCCACUCGAGCAUCUCCGGCUCAUUGA